AACUACAAAUCCCGUCACACGGCAGACCACAGCGCGCAUGCGCAGCUGCACUGGCCUGAUGCUGUUUUGUUGAGAGCUUGAGAAAAGAGAGUGAAACUUCAAGGUUUCAGGUGAAGAGAAGAUUUUAGCCUAAAUAGGCACAUGAGUUUGCAGGCGUGUCCUCCUCCUGUCAUGAGAUCUUGCCUGGCUCCUGGUUGCCCCUUCUGCAGUUGAUGACUCCGCAGCCGGUGUGGAGAUGACGGACAGUGUCAGAGCGUUUGUCCGCAAUGUUGCGACGGGGAUCAAAGACUCCAUUCUGGGCAUUGGAACCAUCUCCAAGCUCGAUGCUCGGAUCCAGCAGAAGAGGGAGGAGCAGAGGAGGCGCAGAACGAGCGGGGCCCUGGCGAUGAGACGGGCUCAGAGCGAGGAACGCAAACAGGACAGUGAACCGAAGCUUGCAAGUCGAAUUUUUCAGUGCUGUGCCUGGAAUGGAGGUGUAUUUUGGCUAAGUCUGUUCCUGUUUUAUCGGGUGUUUAUCCCAUUGCUGCAGUCCCUCACUGCUAGAAUCAUAGGUGACCCUUCGCUGCAUGGUAACGUGUGGUCCUGGCUGGAGUUCAUCCUGACAUCUGUAUUUAGCGCUCUCUGGGUUCUGCCUCUCUUUGUGCUUAGCAAGAUAGUCAAUGCGAUUUGGUUCCAGGACAUUGCUGAUUUGGCAUUUGAAGUGUCUGGACGUAAAGCUCAGCCUUUUCCCAGCGUUAGCAAGAUCAUUGCAGAUAUGCUCUUCAAUCUUUUGCUCCAGGCCCUUUUCCUCAUUCAGGGAUGGAUUGUGAGUCUCUUCCCUAUUGAUGCUAUCGGUCAGUUGGUCAGUCUCCUGCACAUGUCUCUGCUCUACUCGCUUUACUGUUUUGAAUAUCGCUGGUUUAAUCACGGAAUUGAAAUGCACCAAAGGCUGUCAAACAUCGAGAGGAACUGGCCGUAUUACUUUGGCUUUGGUUUGCCCAUGGCACUACUGACUGCUCUGCCCUCUUCAUACAUCAUAAGCGGCUGUUUGUUCUCCAUUCUCUUCCCGCUCUUCAUCAUCAGCGCUAAUGAAGCAAAGACCCCAGUCAAACUCUACCACUUCCAGCUCCGCCUCUUUUCCCUGGUCGUCCUUAUCAGUAACAAACUGUUCCACAAGACGGUGCACCUGCAGAGCUCCCUCACGACCUCCACGUCCACGGAGAAGCUGCCCUCGCCUCACGUGUCCCCGACGCGCCAGCGACCCAUGCCCCCCCAGUGACCUCCUUCAGGAUUCCCAACUCAGAAAGAGUCAGGUGGACGGGAAAAUUUGCUUUGUUUUUUUAAAAGUGUCUGUCGAUGUUCUGAGGGAUGAAUCAGACGGGUUAGUCAUGUGAACGGCCGGUGUUUGGGACUGGAUCGCCCUGUGCCGAUACACAAGGUCAUGAUUCUCUGUGUGAUUUUUGUUGGACUAUUUUUGUACCCAUUAUGUGCCAUUUGGGUGAUUUGUAGAGACAGCACAAAGACCUCAGCGUGCACAUUUUCUGUGAACUGGCUUCCCUCCUCUUAUAGGCCCUGUAGUUUCUAUCUCGACUCGUUUUAUCUAUUUAUGGCCUUCUUUUUAAUUGUAUGCCUUGUGAGGUGCAGACACAUGACAGUUUGUCUCUUAGUUAACACUAAAUUCUAUGCUUUAGCUAAUGGAAUGGAUCAGUAGAAAAAGGCCCUGAUGUCCCAUAGUGGUUUGUUUCACUGCACUGAAAUCUGGACUAGACUGAAAAACGAUCAAAUUGAAAGGCCUCUUUCUUUAUGCAAGGGAUGUUUCUUGGCCUAAAAAGUUGUGAGUUGUCUGCUAGAUGUUUUAAUUGCUUACACAUCUUCUUAAAGAUGGAAAAAUCAUUUGAUCACCCUCAUGUAUCCGUUGAACAAAAAAAGUAGACAUUCUGCAGAAUGUUCAUGCUGCUCAAGUCCCUAUAUUUUAUGAAAAGCAGCAUUGUGAAGUUUCUUCUAAAUUUCUGCUUUUGUGUUCCUGACACGUUAGGAAUAACAUGAGGGUGAGUAAAUGAUAUUAGAAGUAACUCUGUGAAAAAAAGGGAGCUGCUUUUAUUUCUUUUAUAAUGCGAUUUUAUUUCGGGAAUACCAUGUCAACAUGAUCCAGUGUCAUCUGUAAUGGUUCGGGGAUGAUUUCCAACAGUAUGCACAAGCUUUAUUCCUCUGCUGCUGUCAGGUGACACUGCCAAACUGUGCGACACGUGUGAAACUGUUCUUUAAAUGAUCACGGAUCCAGUUUCCAAUGAAUGCUGGCAUGUCAAGUGGAUGUCUACUGUGGUGUAUGUUCCUGGAGUUCAGUACCUGGAACCUGUUUUGAAACAUUUGAAACUGAAGCACAUAUUAUGUCAGUGUAUCCGUUGGGGGGGGCUGUGUGUGUUUUAAAAAAGGGUUGUAAUUAUCGUCAGGAGUCAAUAGUGUUACACCUACAGACGGAUAUUUGUGAGUGACAUUUUGUAAAAGUAUUACAUUAUUUCAAUAAACUUGGUCUGUGUACAGUA